UCAGUUCUCAGUUGGGAGAAUUGGGGAUUCCAAUUUACAAAUCUGACUCUCUGCUCGUUCCAAUAACCCUCUGUGGCGGUGCCGAGGAGCUCUUCGAUCGGCUCUCACAACUAUCCAUAGCGCGUCCGAGUAUAUUUCUUCGUGACACUGAAGAUUAAAGAUAACAGAAACAAACAGAGAGGGCCGAUGUUUUCACUGCUAUAUGGCCUAUGGAAUUACAUGUUCAGCAAGAUGGAGUUUCAUGUUCUUAUUCUUGGAAUCGACAAGGCUGGAAAAACUUUUUAAGGGAUGAUAUGCAGACAUUUCUGGAGAAAUUGAAGUCUCAGUACUUGAAUCUGGAAGGCCUACCACCUGAUCGGAUCGUUCCAACUGUUGGACUCAAUAUUGGUCGUGUUGAAAUGGCUAAUACAAAGCUUGUGUUCUGGGACCUGGGAGGUCAGCCGGGCCUUCGCUCCAUUUGGGAGAAAUAUUAUGAAGAGGCGCAUGCUGUGAUUUUUGUAGUUGAUGCAGCUUGUCCAUCCCGGUUUGAAGAGUCAAAAUCAGCACUUGAAAAGGUUCUACAGCAUGAAGAUUUGCAAGGAGCUCCACUGCUGAUAUUAGCAAACAAGCAGGACCUUCAAGACGCCUUAUCAACUGAUGAACUUUCUCGUUACCUGGACCUCAAGAAAUUAGACGAGCGGCUUUAUACAUACCAAACUAUUUCAGGUUAUGACGGGCUGGGGAUAAAAGAAAGCAUUAACUGGCUGUUAGAUGCUAUGGAAAGCAGCAAAAGAACUGAAAGGUUGAGGCUUCGAGCCGGAUCGAACAUUGUUUAGAGGUCUUGUCCCUAUAUACACAUACAGAAAGUACCUUUCUCAUAACCUUGUACCUAAAGUGAAAAGGUCUGUCUAUUAGAUUGCUCUCUGUUUUGAUGCAGAACACCAUUUGAAAUGCUUUCUUGUAACAAAGUAGGGAUCUCUUAUGUGAAAGCUACGCUUUUUUCCCAGGUAUAUCUAUGGUACCUAAUGAUGAAUCCACAUAUUCUUGUUAGGAAUUUCUCUAGCCUUUCUUUAUCAGUGAUCCAAAUUGUCAUAUUCUUGAUGUAAUACUUUGUUUUCAAGAAAAUGGGAUAUAGUUUUAAAGUCCAUCUCAGGAUGUGAAAUUAAAUAGAAACCCACAGGGAAAUUUGACUGAAAGAGACUGCCAAAUGAUUAAUAAC